CGCAGACGGAUUUGGGUGGUGGAGAAAGGGGAACGGGGAAAGGGAUCUCGCCGCAACGCACCAUGGAGCUCGCCGCAACCAGCGCUGCUGCCCUCCGGCGAUCGUUGGCGUCGGGGUAUCCGGUGGUCCCGAGGGAGAGGAGGAGUGGGAUGCCGGCCAGGGUGUCCUGCGUCGGCCGCGGAGGCAGAGGCGUAGGCGGGGGAUUCGCCGACGAGGCGCACCUCAGGUACUACGAGGCGCCGCGGAAGGCGGUGGAGGCGGCGGCGAGGGAUCUUACCAAGCUCCGGGCUAUGGGCCUUGUCGCCGGCGACCCAGCCAAGGAGAAGAUCCUCUCGGAAGCCACUGAGCUGCUGCUACAAGAGUUGAAUCAGAUGAAGGAUGCAGAGGACGAGCUGAAGAAGAAGCAGAAAGAGGAGAAGGCUGCGAUGAAAGCACUGAAGAAGCAGCAGAAGGAAGCCAAGAAGGCCGCGAUGAACUGUGGAGAUGGCUCCUCUGAAUCGAGCGAGAGUGAGUGUGAGGAAGAGCAAUCCAUGAAAAUGAGCUGUGUUGCCACCACAUCGAUGCCUGCAAUUGAGCAAGGAAUGGCGAUGUCAAUGUCAGUGCCCCAAAUUGCUGCAUCCAACAUUGCAACAGCUCCGGCAAUGGAUUGUGACAUGGCUGCGAUGAAGGCCAUGAAGAAGAGAGAGAAGGAACAAAAGAAAGCUGCAAAGAAGGCCAUGAAGAUGAAAAAGGAGGAAGAGAAGAGGAUGGCCACACUGAAUUCCUGCAAGGAUGAAGACAGCUCAUGCUCAUCGGAGUCCAGCAACAGUGAGUGUGAAGGGGAAGUCGUCGGAAUGAGCCGCUGUGCCACCAUUUCUGCGCCUCGAACACCACCUGCAAGCACAGUUUUCCCCAUCAUAGUGCCUCAAAUUCCAGACUCCGUUGCACUGGAUGCUCAGAUCUUUUCCGGGUCUGCAAAUGCAAUGCAGUGCACUGCCACCAGCCUUGCGGUUGUCGAAAAACCAGUGCUGAACAGAAUCGAUGUCUGCAUGGGCGGCAAGUGCAAGAAGGCGGGCUCGCUCGCUGUCCUGCAGGAGUUUGAGACGGAGGUUGGCAUGGGCGGCAUGGUGGUCGGUUGCAAAUGCUUGGGGAAAUGCGGGCUAGGCCCAAAUGUGCGGCUUCGGAGUGAGGGCUCUGUACAGAAGAACAGUCCCAUCUGCAUUGGUGUAGGCUUGGAUGAUGUUGGCACCAUAGUGGCAGGCUUCAUCGGAGAUGGCGAUGUGGGCAUGAACUGAUACGAUGGUUACCUGGACCUGGUUCAGGUUGGUAUUUACAGACCUGUACUACUACAACUUGUUUUGUCUGGCAAAUGUACUACUACAACUUUGCUGCACAAUAAUACAUUGUAGAUAAUCACGCCCCUGACGAGCUGAUGCAUGUUCUGAGCUUAAUGACCUGUUGUUUACUAUAUAUAUAUAUACUCCCUGUUUCAUCCA